AUGUUUAGCAAUCAAUUAUUUAAGUAUAGAAGGUUAUACCAAUAAUCAUUUAAGUUAAAAUCACAACAUGAAAUUCAAGAAUUUCAGAUUACAGCUAAAUUGUAUGAACAUUAAUCAGCUGCUUAAAUACUUCAUUUUGAGGCUUAAGAUAAAAAUUAAACAUUUGCAACAAUUUUCAGAUCUGAACCUACAAAUAGUCAAGGAACUCCACAUAUUUUGGAACAUUUAAUUUGUUGUGGAAGUGAAAAGUAUCCAGUUAGAGAUCCAUUUAUGGCUAUGAUAAAGCGUAGCAUAAAUACUUAUUUGAAUGCAUGGACAGGUCCUGAUUAUAUUUGUUUUCCACUUGCAUCAUUAAAUAAAAAGGAUUUUGAAAAUCUAUAAAGUGUUAUAUUGGAUUUAGUUUUUAAGCCUACAUUAAAUGAAUUAGAUUUUAGAUAAGAAGGAUCAAGACUUGAUUUUGAUAAAGGAAAAUUAGUAUAUAAAGGAAUUGUUUAUAAUGAAAUGAAAGGGGCUAUGUAAAACCCAGAAAGUGUAUUUUGGUAAGAAAUGUAAACUUACUUAUUAAACAACACAAUUUAUCAACAUAACUUUGGUGGAGAUCCUAAAGCUAUACCUAGUCUUACUCAUUAAGCUUUGUUAGAAUAUUAUAAAUAAACCUUUCAUCCUAGUAAAGCAGUAUUUUAUUCUUAUGGAAGUGAUCAACCUAAUUUUGAUUUAAUAAAUCAAUAUCUCUAAGUAUAAAAACUAAAUUAAUAACAAUAAUCUCAACAAGAACUUAAACCUUUAACACCUCCAGAUAUCAUUUCAUUGCCAUAUUAAGAUGGAGAUAAAUAAUGUUUCCUUGCUUUUUAAACAAUUAUUAAGGAUGUUGAUUAUGUUUAAUAAUUGGCAAUGAGCAUUAUUUCUCAUGUACUUUUUGAUACAUAAAAUGGAUUAUUAUAUUCAUUAAUAGAAGAAGGACUUGCAGAAUCCUUUAGUAGAAAUGUUGGGAUUGAGUAAUAUGGUGAUCAUCAUGUUUUCAGUAUUUCAUUUUAAGGAGUUGAGGAUGAUAGAAAAACUUUGAAUACAAUUUAAGAGAGGAUUAAAUAAAUAUUAGAAUAAUUAACUAAAGAAUUUCCUUAAGAUAAAGUGGAUGCUGCAUUACAUUAAAUUGAAGUUUAAUUCAAAAUGCCAACUUCAGAAAUGGGUUUGAAAUUAUUGAAGUUUUUAAUUAAUCCAAUCAUUAAUUAAAAAAACUAUAUUGAAUAUUUGGAAUUCAAUAAAAAUAUGGCAAGUUUAAAAUCUAAAAUUUCGUAAGGUUAUUUAUAACAAUUAAUUAAAGAUCAUUUUAUGAAUCCAUAUAUAUUAUUUGGUUAACCAGAUAAAAAAUUUUUGUAAAAUUUAAUAUAAAAUGAAAAUAAGUAAUUAGAAGAAAUUUAAAAAUCAAUUACACAAGAAGAAAUAGAUAAAAUAAUAAAAUUGAAUUAAGAUUUAGAUAAUAGAGAUGAAUCAGAUUUCUCUAUACUUCCUACAAUUGAAUUAUAAGAUAUUUCAGCAAAAGUUGAGAGAGUUUAAUUUAAUGAGGAUACUAUAAGAGGAGUCAAAGUAUAUGAGUCUAUUUAAAAAACUAAUGGUCUCAUAUUCUUUAAAUUCAAGUUUAAUUUAGGAGAAAUAUCUGAAGGCACUAGAUAAUACAUAGAUUUUUUUGUUUAAUUGUUUGGUAAAUUUGGAACUACAAAUUUCAAAUAUUCAGAGAUUAGUUAGAUGUUUAGUGAAUUUACUUUAGGAUUAGAAGUAUCAUAUGAUUCAGUUUAAAAAAAAGGAACAUAUUUGAUGUUUAGUAUAGCAUGCUUAAAUUAGAAUAUUUCAAAAACACUAGAAUUAUUAACAGAAUUAUUUUGCAACAUUAAAUUUAAAGAUAGAUCCCAUUUGGCAACAUUAUUAAGGAAUCACAAAGUAGCAUUGUAGAAUUAAAUAUUUGAUGAAUAAUUACAAUAUGCUGCUUAAUUAGCAACAUCUCAAAUUUCAGAAUAGUAUUAUUUAACUGAUACAAAUUUCAAUACAAAAUUUUAACUUUAAUAUGCUCAUCAUUAUUUAAAAGCUGACAAUCAAAGAAAAUCAAUGUAUGUUGAUGAUUUUGAAUUUCAAAUGACUGAUAUUUUAUAUACAAUUAUGAAUAAACAUAAAUUGGAAGUUAUUAUUCAUUAAGAUGGAUCAUCAAAUUACAUAUAAAGUUUAGAAUAAUUCAUAAAUUCUAUAAGACAUAAAUACCCAGGAUUUGAUAUGGAUCCAUAGCCAUAAUAUAUAGAAUAAUUUAAAGAAAAAUUUGGAAAUGUAGCUUCAUUAAUUCCAUCUUAAGUUAAUUGUUCAUCUAGAGCAUUUAAAAUACCUUAUUUUACUCAUGAAGAUACUCCUGCUAUUUAAGUAUUGGGAGAUUGUAUUUCAAAUAAUUAUUUACAUAGAGAAAUAAGAGAAAAAGGAGGUGCUUAUGGAUCAGGUUGCAGUGUAAGAUCUAUUAUGGGAACAUUUUGUCUUUGGAGUUACAGAGAUCCAAAUUUAAUAAAUACAUUUAAAAUUUUUGAUAGUAUAUAAUUGGAUUUAGAUGAGUAAAAAUUGAAAGAAGCUAAAUUAACAGUAUUUUAAAGAUUAGAUUAACCAAUAGAACCUUAGAAUAAGGGAUUAGAUUACAUUAUUACUGGAUUAAAUCAUGAUUAAGUGGAUGAAAUGAGGGAGAGAGUAAUUUCAGUUUCAAUUUCUCAGGUGAGGGAUGCUUUUGAUUAAUAUCUUAAAUCUUAACCUUAUAGUUAAGGAAGUAUGGUAUCAGAAGAACAUUAAGAUAUAGAAGAGUUAAAGAAUUUAGGAUGGUAAAUAAAUAAAUUAAGUAUUGAUUGAU